AUGACAGAUAACGAUGACACAAAGAAGCUGCGCGCGCAGUGUCAACACCGACUUGAUUUGAAAAAAAUGGGGCCUGGGGGGCCCCCGGUCUGCCGGCUGUGCUUGAGACACGGCGCCCUCGACUCGCUUUUCGCCCCGCAUAAGAAAACCACGGUUGAAUAUGCGGCAAUGUUGGGGUUUUGCACCUCGGUUCAGGCCGAAGUGGACGACGGUUUGCCUGGAAAAAUAUGCCAAAAAUGUGCAAAAUCACUCGUCGCACUUUACAAAUUCAAAAAAAUCGUCAUUGAGAGUGACAAUAAGCUGCGCAACAACCUACCCUCACAUAAUGAAAAUGGGGGGCAGGACGUAGCUAAGGGCCCCAAAGCCAAAAAAACGCACCAAUGCGACAUGUGCGGGCUGUUUCUGAGCUGUCGCAGUAACCUGGUGCAACACAUGAAGUUGCACACGGGGGAAAAACCCUUCAAGUGCGACAGUUGCGAGAAAAAAUUUGCCCGUGUCGAGCAUCUUAAAAUCCACAAGAGGGUGCAUACGGGAGAGCGCCCCCACCAGUGCACAAUUUGCGCCAAGCGUUUUAUCCAAAACGCCUCACUUAACGCCCAUUUACGGACACACAGCGGCGAGCGCCCGUACAUGUGCUCCGUUUGUGGCAAAUCCUUCAGCCAGUCGAACAGCCUCACCUACCACAUGCGCACCCACACCGGGGAAACCCCCUACAAGUGCAAAGUGUGCGACAAGGGCUUCGCCCACUCCGGCAAUUUGAACAUUCACAUGCGUUUCCAUAACAACAUACGACCGUUUGAGUGCGAACUGUGCCGAAUGAAGUUCGUGACAAGCUCGCACUUGUCGGUGCACAUGAAACGCCACUUGGGGGAAAAACCGCACAAGUGCAAAGUGUGCAACAAGGGGUUCGUGCGCAGCGAGCAUUUGAAAGACCACUUGGUCAUACAUUCGGGGGAACGACCGCACGUCUGCACGGUGUGUCUCAAGGGCUACACGCAGAGCAGCCACUUGAGCCGCCACAUGAAAACGCACAAACUCUCAUGGGCGUACGUCACCCCCUUUAAAUUUUUCGGGGUCUCGGGCCCCUAA